GUUAAAUUAUUAUAAUAACAAACUAAAACUAAAUAUUAAUUCUUCAAAAAGCUCAGUUAUGACUUUUGGUAAAAGUCAAUGUAAUGUUCAAGUUAAAUGUAAUAAUGAAAUCAUCUCACUAGUAAAUGAACAUAAAUUUCUAGGUAUAGUUUUAGAUAACAAACUUAAAUUUAAUGUACAUAUAGAUUAUAUAUGUAAUAAAGCUUACAAGCGACUCAAUAUAUUGAGAUGUUUAGCAGGAGUUUUUUGGGGUGCUGAUCCAAAAAUUCUCUCAAUGUUGUAUAAAAGUUUAGUUAGGAGCCACUUUGACUAUAGUUGCUUAGCAUAUAUUAAUGCUAGCGCUAGUCUUCUAAAAAAGUUAGAUAUCAUUCAAAAUCAAGCACUGCGCAUUAUAACUGGUGCGAUGAAAUCCACCCCUAUAAACUCAAUGGAAGUUGAAACUUAUAUUCCUCCUUUAUUCUUGAGACGACUCAUGUUAGCUAAGAAAUACUUUGUUUAAGAUGAUUGCAAUUAAGUCCUCACUUCCUGUAAGAAAACUUAAAGUAUCUGAGGAAAUAACUAGUUUAUUAGAUUCUUCUGUAAUAACAUCACAAAUUAUUUCUACAAGGAUUUUGCCACAGAUGCCGACUUUGUUACAGUUGGUUUUAAAUAUGACAAAUGACAUUUAUUCUAGUGAUCUAUGGCCAAUUUAUGACAACUUUGAAGGUUCUCUAGAGAAAAAAUAUUUGGUAACAACUGGAGACAUCUAUGGUAAGACCGACUUUCUCAGUUUUAUAGAAAAGAAAACAGACUUUUACAAAAUCUAUACAGAUGGGUCGAAAACUAUAGAUGAGGUUAAAUCGGCUUAUUAUGAUGAAUUUAUGGAUGUUACCAAAUGUUUUAUAAUCACAUAUGUAAAUAAUUUUCUUGUAAUAUCAGAUAGUAAAAGUGUGUUAGUAGCUCUAGAUAAUAGUAAUUUAAGUUUCAAAAGUAAUUAUUUAAUUUUUAAGAUCAAAAACAUUCUACAUGAAUUAGUCAGUAAUAACAUUAAUAUUGAAUUUCUAUGGGUUCCCUCCCACAGAGGAAUUGCUGGAAAUGAGAGGGCGGAUACAGCCUCUAGAGGACCACCAGAUGAGGAUCAUAAGGACAUCAUAAAAGUGCCAUUUACAGACCUCUUUUUGACUGUCAAAGAUGAAAUGUUUGAGCUAUGGAAAAGAAUCUGGAAUAUAGUAAAGGUUAAUAAGGGUAAAUGGUACAGUGACAUAAAGAAAGAUUUUUCAAUCCCAUGGUAUUACACUGUACAGUUUGAAUCAAGAAAAUUCAAAUCAGUAAUAACAAGGAUGAGAUUUGGACAUUGCUUGGUCCCCUCCCACCUCCAUAAAUUAAGAAUUUUAGAUGAUGCAAAAUGCCCCAAAUGCUUAGAAAAUGAUGCUGACCUCAAACAUAUAAUCUAUGAUUGCAAAGCACUAGUGCUUAGUGUGAACAUUGGUGAGAGCCUGUGGUGA